ACCAGCACGGGGCGACCUUCAGCAUUGUUUCUCGCUUCUCCUUAACCAAACCUCACCAUUCCACAGUCAGUAACCGUUUGCGGUCCGCGUUCGCCAUGAGCACCAAGAGCAAAACGUCGCUAGAUGACGGCAACGACGACGUCGUCCAUAAGACAUUCUCGAGCACAUGUAGGAUGCCUACAGCAGCAAAAUUUCUGGGAUAUCGCCCGUUUCCUCCAGUCAUGAACCUCUACGGCAAUUCCUCUAGGGGCGUCAUUGGCGCACUAACUACAUAUAAGCUGUGCGGUGCGGAUAAGAACGAUUUCUUAUACGUUGUCGAGGUACACCACGGCUUUACCCCUAGAGGACCGCUCAACUUCAGGCCGGGCUUCUACCUGCGGAACGGGACGGGAACCGAGGCCCCAAUUCUGGCGGCCGCCGGCGACGAAGAGCGAGAACCCCUUUUGAUGUCAACCUUUAGCGUGAAAAGUCUCAUUAUGGUGCCGCCACCGUUAGACGAAGACGACGUCGAGUUCAACUUGAACCCUCGUGACUUGGUCACCGAGAUUAUGUACGCUAAAACGACCAGCGACGGUAGCGUCUCGUUCCGCUUCUCGGUCGAGGUCGGCCCUAAGAUGAAAAUCCGGGAGCAAUUCGAAUGGAGGAAGGCCCGGAAGGGCGAAACCAACACCCAACAGAACACCCGGUACAUUCUCACUCGCCUGCCAUCCUCAUCUUCCACCUCAUUUUCCUCACCGUCUCCUUCUUCUUCUUCUUCUUCUUCUUCUUCUUCUUCUUCACCUUCAUCAUUAUCUUCACCGGCACAAGAGGAGAGCGAUAUACUUGCUGAUCUUACGUUUCGCAAUGCGAUUUCCGUAAAUCACUUAUUUACAUUGGAGUUGAAGGGGGCUGCUUGUUCAGGAGUAAUGGGUGAUCGUUGGACUCUUAUGGUUGUUACUACCGCGCUCAGACUUUACUGGCUACGCGUCUAUGGCAAAACGAAUAAGGCUAUCGUGGGAAUUGGACAGAAACUUCGGGGCAAAUAG